CCCCGCGCUCCUCACUCGACUUUGAGUGUCCAGCGGUCACAGGAGUCCGGUCGCCAGAGUCCGGAGGCGGUGCGUGGGGCAGCCCGGGCCAGCCACACCCUCAUCAGGAGCACCAUGUGGAGAUGCCCACAGCGGCUGCUGCUGUUGCUGCUGCUGGCUGCCGAGUGGGCCCUGGGUGCCCGGCGGGGCCGUGGGCGCCGGGACUGCCAGGAGCGGGACCUGUGCUGCCGGGGCCGCGACGACCACUGCGCCCUGCCCUACCUGGGCGCCACCUGCUACUGCGACCUCUUCUGCAACCGAACCAUCUCCGACUGCUGCCCGGACUUCUGGGACUUCUGCCUCGGCAUACCACCCCCUUUCCCUCCCAGCCAAGGAUGUGUGCAUGGGGGUCGCAUCUACCCAAUCUUAGGAACCUACCAGGACAACUGUAACCGUUGCACCUGCCAGGAGAAGGGGCGGUGGGAGUGUGAUCAGGAGCCAUGCCUGGUGGACCAAGACAUGAUCAACGCCAUCAACCAGGGCAACUACGGGUGGCGGGCUGGGAACCACAGUGCCUUCUGGGGCAUGACCCUGGAUGAGGGCAUUCGCUAUCGCCUGGGCACCAUCCGCCCAUCUCCCUCCGUCACCAGCAUGAAUGAGAUUCACAAAAUGCUGGUCCCGGGGGAGGUGCUGCCCACAGCCUUUGAGGCCUCUGAGAAGUGGCCCAACCUCAUCCACGAGCCUCUUGACCAGGGCAACUGUGCCGGCUCCUGGGCCUUCUCCACAGCAGCCGUGGCAUCCGAUCGCGUCUCAAUCCAUUCUCUGGGGCACAUGGCACCCGUCCUGUCGCCCCAGAACCUGCUGUCCUGUGACAAGCACAACCAGCAGGGCUGCCGUGGUGGGCAUCUGGAUGGCGCCUGGUGGUUCCUGCGACGGCGAGGGGUUGUGUCUGACCACUGCUACCCGUUCUCGGGCCGGGAGAAGACGGAGGCAGGCCCCGCGCCCCGCUGCAUGAUGCACACCCGGGCCACGGGUCGGGGCAAGCGCCAGGCCACUGCCCGCUGCCCCAAUCACCACGUCCAUGCCAAUGACAUCUACCAGGUCACGCCUGCCUACCGCCUCGGCUCCAGUGAGACGGAGAUCAUGAAGGAGCUGAUGGAGAACGGCCCUGUCCAAGCCCUCAUGGAGGUGCACGAGGACUUCUUCCUGUACCAGGGCGGCAUCUACAGCCACACCCCAGUGAGCCUCGGGAGGCCAGAGCGAUACCGCCGGCACGGAACCCAUUCGGUCAAGAUCACAGGGUGGGGAGAGGAGUCACUGCCUGACGGAAGGACGCUCAAAUACUGGACCGCAGCCAACUCGUGGGGCCCAGCCUGGGGCGAGAAGGGCCACUUCCGCAUCGUGCGUGGAGCCAACGAGUGUGACAUCGAGAGCUUCGUGCUGGGUGUCUGGGGCCGUGUGGGCAUGGAGGACAUGGGCCACCACUGAGGCCGUGGCCGCCAUGCCAGGCCAGCCGGCAGAAGAGCCCCCUGUGGGCUCCCCCUGCCCCACCCCCUGCCUGGUAGAUCGUGCUCUGGA